AUGCUUACCCCCUGCAGAGCAACACUAAGGAUCUGUUUGGAAGAAGCCUUCAGUGCACAUCUAGCACAUCUGUCAUCAGGCACUGGGUCCAGUGGCGCUGGCUCCAGUGGGGCUGGGCGCAUCAGAGUCAGCACAGAGGAAGAGAAAGGAGGCAUGGAGACAGUUGAAGGACACACAGAGGCAAGGACCGAAGACACAGAGGCAGGGGGAGUCGGAGAACACACAGAGGGACUGAGAGGAGACACAGAUGCAGGAGCAUCAGCAGCAGCCCCCGGAGUGAGGUGCUACCAGUGCAAGCAGCUUGUGGAGGGAGAACAUUUUUCACAGCAUCUGCUUGACCAUCACACAGAGGAGACAUGUGACAGCUGUGGGGCCAAGGACAUCCUCUCCCAGCUGGAUGUAGCCCACAGGAGCAUGUUUCCCGCUGUCCUCACAACACACCUGGCUCUGGACAGGAAAUGCAUGACCUUCCUGAAGCCGAGGACCAGCAGAAACAGCUCCUCCUACUUCCAGGCUGCAAUAGAGGAAGUGCACAGCGAGGAGUGGGCACGUCAGGCCAUCCGCUACCUCUCGGACUAUGAGAGCCAUAAAAAUAUGGCUACCUUUGUCCCCUCUGCAGCUGCCUAUCCUCCUCCACUGCCCUUUAGGCCCCUCCCACUUGCUCAGUGGUUUGAGACAAUCACCAAGAAGCUGGCUGGUGGAAUAGGGGGCAGUGCUGCAUGGAUGACCAACAUCGGCAACGAGUUUGGACAGGUUCUGAACUCUGUUCUGACGACGGGUGAAGGUGCAGGGUUGGAAGAGCUGUGCCAGGGCAUUGUCACCCGUUAUAAGAACGUGGGCAAAGCUGAACCUGAGGUCAUCUAUGUGGACCGGGACUGCUGCAGCCAGUCAGGUGUGUCUUCUGUGACUAAGCUCUUCCAUCCAUGGAGGUCUGCAGUGCGCUUGGACAGUUUCCACUUCAUGAGGCGCUUCAACUGUGGUCUCACCACAGAACACCACCCUCUUUAUGGCACCUUUUGUGCCAUGCUGUCCUCCUGCAUUUUUGAAUGGGACCUAGAGGAUGUGCAAGGCCUGAAGGAAACCAAUGGAGGGGAGUGGAAGAGCAGCCAUAGUGGACAUGAGCCCACGGAGGAGCAGCUCUUGGCAACCAUCACCUCAGGGAACAGAAGAGACACUGCAGGAGGAGGACACGUGGAGUGGAGGACAUAUGGCGCAUGA